AUGACUGAAAAUAGGAAAAAUGAAGACGAAGAAAAUGAAUACGCAAGAAUCAUAAAAAAUUUAACACAUUUAAUACCUUCAUUCAUUAUUGAUGAAAGAAAUUUAGUUCAAUGGCAAGACAUUAUAUCCGAGAGAUUCAUAAACCUGGGUAUUUCUGAUGUUAUUCCUCAACUUGUAGAAUACGUACCAGACAGAGAGGGUCCAGUUCAUGCUGACAGUUUGACAUCAAUUUUACAAGAACUAAACGAUACGAACAUGUCAUUGGAGUUUAAAUCGAUCAUUUUGGAAAUUAUCUAUUACAUGGUUUCAUUUAAUUAUAAUGUCAAGUUGAAAUUUCACAAGAAUUUAUAUUUAUUUGUCAGUUCAUACAUAUCUCAUUUGAAAACGGUUGAAGUGACAAACGUUUACUUCGAGAACAAUCCCAGUUACGUGGGUCAAAUGCAUAAAAUUAUACUAUCUUUGAUGGAAUUGGGGUGUGAUAGCAAAAUAUUUAGGGAAAUUACAUCAGUAUUAACCUCAACCUCGCUACCUUCAUCAAAGUUCAUCAUCUUAAAUCUUUUAGAUCAAAUUUGCGAAACAUAUCCAGCUUACUUUCCGUGGAUGUCAACAACACAGCAAAUCAAUUUACCUUUUGAUGGAACCAUAAGUAAAUCAUUUACGUUUUAUUCGUGGCUCAAACUUGAAGAUUAUGGACAAUCUCAAGAUCCUAUCAUAAUUUUCACUUUAUCAAGUUCCGAUCCUUCCAGUAUACAGAGUAACAUGACUUUAAAUUUCAAACUUAUCCACGGUAGUCAGUUCAUGGUAGAAUUGAACAACUUGAGUAACAAAUCAAGAACUCAAUUUGUAUUUAAUCAAAUAAUUCACGAUCCACUGAAACUUUCUCAAGUGGUGUUGACUUUUAGUGAAAAUACUAAUUUGAACUUAUAUUUAAACGGAGAAUACAGUGAAAGUAUUCCUUGUCCGGCGAUUCACAACGAUUGUAUAAACUGGAAUAAACUAUCCAUUGGUGAUGACAUUUUAAAAAAUAAUGCUGAACUUAUAUUGAGAAAUUUUACUUUGUUAAACACAUCACUUACCAUAGAGUGGAUCCGGUUUUUAUUUGGUUUGGGCGUUGGCUAUAAUUGGAUCAUGAAAAAUCAAGAUCCAGAAACAAUAAGGAAUUUGAUUAAUCAAUUAAGUAAAAGGGCUUUGUUUAAUUAUAACGUCAAAUUACUAGAGAAAAAUCAUUCAGCUUCGAAUAGUUUUAAGCAUUCAAGAAGAUCUUCCAUUGGGAAACUUACAUCAUUAGCCAAAGACUCAAAUAAUACCCAAAAUAUUAGUUAUACGAAUAAAGACAACCUUGUUGAUUCUCUAAACAAAUUCAGCGAGGAAGGAGUGCUAUACGACUCCAAUAAUUUUUUCACUGAAACAAACUUUCAACUGACCAAACCUGACUCAAAAUUGCAGUUUCAUAACCCUCAUUCCAUAUAUCAAUAUUUCCAAACAUUCAAUUUCUUGACCACUUUAUUACAAAAUUUGGAAAUGUCAAUGGAAAUUACAGAUACCAAAUUAAGAGAUUCAACUUUUUAUAGAACUUUAGACUUAUUGUUGAAAACAGUUUUAAAUGACUGGAGAUUGUACAAUGAAUUUCAGUCAAUCAAUGGUUUUGAAAUAUUAAUGCUUUUAUUCAAGAAAUACAAAAACAUAAAUAACAAUUUAGAUUUCACCUUAUAUGAUUAUAUGGGUGAUCAAAUUGCGGAAACGUCAGGAUGUCGUGGUGUCAAUUUGCUUAAUGUAUUGUUGAAAUUUUGUGGGUUCGAUUUUGAAGACAAAUCAAAUUCAGCUAUCUUCGAUCUAGAUUGUUAUCGAGUACUAGUUCUUGAUUUCGACUUAUUUCAUGGAACUUAUUCAUUUGGAUUCUUAUUAAAUCAUGUACAGAGUUUGAUUUCGAGCUCGAAUUACAGGAAUCACAAUUUGAUGAAAUUGAAAAAGGCGAAUUUAUUGAAGAAGUUGAUUUUUUUCAUGCAAAGUCUGAAGUUGAAAGAUGUUCAAUUUGAAGAAGAAGAGAAAGAGCAGUUAUAUCAGCUUUUGAAGACGAUACUAAUAUUGGACUCCAGUGCUGAUGCAAUCAUAAUGGUUUCGUCAUAUAUCAUUCACGCACUUUACAAUACUGAAAAUUCUUCUACUUGUGGUAUUAUAGCAUUGCAAGCUUUGACUGAUUGUUUGUGUGAUCCCAACGUUUCUAUAAAACUACUUAAAAAAUUUUCCAGAUCUAUCACUGUGCAUUGGGUACUUUUAUUAUUCAAUUUUGAAUCAGACGUUGUUGUAUGUUGUGGGAUUAGAUUGUUAGUGAGAUUACUUAAAUUAUUGGGUGGUCAUGUCAUGAAACAAUUUUUCAUAGUUAAUAGAGGGUUAGAUGUGUUAACACUGUCACUAAAAAAUUGGUGGAAUAACGAAAAGGUUUUGUGCUCAAUUUUUCUAGCAUCGUACUCGAAUUUCACUGAAACUAAUUUCAAAAUUACAACGCUUGAGCCACAAAAUCAAGAUAAAAUUGAAAUGCCAGAAUUUCUUUACUUAUUGAAUUAUCUUGAAUUAAAUGCCAUGUAUACCAUGAGUCUGGAAACGGGAAAGUUGAUGGGAAGUGCUCCUUCAACACCAAUUCAAUCAGAGUCAGCUCACAAUAUUUCAUUAAUCUUAGACGUUAUACAUCUGAUUAACCGCUACAUAGAUUGGUUAAAGGCAUACAAAGUUUUAUCCAACUUGAAACGACCGAAGGAAUUUAUAGAAGGACUUGUUGAAUUACUUGGAUUUUUAAAAUUAAGUACAACUUGGUAUGAAACCGAAACAAUUUGUGAAAAUUUGAAAAAAACAUAUGAAAAGUUAGUUGAUUUUGUGGCCAACUUUUACAUUUCAAACCUAUCUACACCAAACUUUAACCUUCUGCUUAAAAAUUUGACGGAGUUUUCGAAAAUCAUUUUAUUGGAUUUAGUUUUCCCACAAAUAUUCAAACAUGUUAAUGAAUUUAUAUCUAUUUCAAAUUUUGUUCAUAAUGAAAAUUAUUUUUUCAAUAAUGUUGCUCAGUUUUUAAUAAUUUAUGAACAAGAGUUGAUCUAUAAAAAAUAUUUUAUUAACUUUGACAACAUGACUUGUUUUAUUAUUUGUACAAUAUCCGUGAUUGACUAUGGAGUAGGAAUUGAAUCAAAUAGAUUGAAAAACAUUCUUAGUGAGAGUAUUUUAUUGAAUCUUUUAAAAGUUUCAUCUGACGCUGAUAUUGUUCUCAAUUCAUAUUCAAAAGAAUUGACUAAAUUUUUGAAAGAUUUAUUAUACCGACAAAUAACUAUUUUUGACAAAGCAGUAUUGACUAAAGAACAGCUUGUUGUUGCAAUUAAAUUAAUUUUAGGUGUCGUACUUUCAACAGAGCAGGAAGUCAAUCCAGAGAUACCAUUCAAUUUUUUAAGAACCGCUUACUUACUAAGACAAUAUGAAUUUGGUGACAUUAUUUUACAACUAAAUUGUGAUAAGACACUUAUGGAGGAUUUCUUUCAAAAUUUAGUCCUGAAAAAUGAUGAUGAAACACUCAUGAAAUUAAGAAAGUAUCCACCAUUUGUUAAAAGUAUUCUUCAUGAAUCACAAAUCUUGAAACGAUGUUUUGCCAAAAAGGAAUUCAUGAGGGUAUCAAAUAUAAUUAGUGUUAGUCUUCAUAAUGGUGGUAAACUUGGUCAAAUGAAUAGUAUUUACAUCAAAAGUUUUCAAAAAGAUUGUGAACGAAUUAAAAAGACAAUCAUGAUUGGUGAACUGACCAAAUAUAAUAGAGCCGUUCAAGAUUUAAAAGAAAAUACAAAUCAUUAUCUUCAGACAUUUUAUUCAUUGAAACUCGAAACUAAAAGAAUUUUGGAUGACAAUAAGACCAAAAAUGGAUAUGUACUAGAUUAUAUUGAGAAUUUUGAUCGAAUGAGAACAAGGCUAAUUCAAGAGGAGCAAUUACCACAUUCUGAAAAAUUUGGAUAUCAUUUUGACAUACCUUUGAAAAAAGUCGAUGAUUAUGAUGAAUCAAAUGAAUAUGAUUUUGCAUUUGUAGGUCAUGACAUUGAUACAAUGAAUUUAACUAAAGAAGAUAAAGAUCAUGUAGAUAACGAAAUUGAUUCUGAUCCAAAUAACAAUGAUGAAGACACUGCAACAGAAUUUGAUGAUAAAAAUAGAAGAGUGAGUAGAAGCUUAUAUGUUGGAGACAAAAUUACAGCUCUGUGGAACGUAAGUCGAAUCAACGCUUUAGUUCCUGUGGAAAGUCUUAUGAUCUUGGGUGUUAGUCACAUAUAUUUGAUUGAAAAUUAUUUUCAUGGAGAAGAUGGUAAUAUCAUAGAUGUAGAUGAUGCACCUGAUGAACAAAAAGAUCCAAUAUUGAAAUUAGUGAAUUCCCAAUCUAAAACACUUGAUAAAUCAAAUUUUAAAUCUCAUAGAUCAACAAAUUGGAGUUUAGAUAAAUUAAGUUCAAUAUCAAAAAGACAAUUUUUAUUAAGAGAUAAUGCAUUAGAAAUGUUUUUCAGUGAUGGUGCUGGAAUUCUAAUCACUUGUUUGACUACAAAAGAAAGAAAUGCCAUUUAUAACAAACUACAAAAUUUGGCAACUGGAAAGGGAAUUGAUUAUGAAUUAGCCAAUGCAUUACUAUUUAAUUCUGUAUCUGAUUCAAAUGAAAGUUUUUCAUCAAAAUUAGUCUUUGCAUUUUCCAAUGUUUCAAUAAAUAAUUCAUAUGCUUUAUCAGCAACUCAAAAAUGGAAAAGAGGUGAAAUUUCUAAUUUUUACUAUUUAAUGAUUAUUAAUACAUUAGCUGGUAGAACUUUUAAUGAUUUAACUCAAUAUCCAGUAUUUCCUUGGGUUAUUGCAGAUUAUACUAGUGAAACUUUAGAUUUAUCAAAUCCAAAAACUUUUAGAGAUUUAUCAAAGCCAAUGGGUGCACAAACUGAAGGGAGAGCCAGUCAAUUUAAAGAAAGAUUCGAAGCAUUAAAUAGUUUAAAUGAUAUAGAUUCUCCUGCUUUCCAUUAUGGAACUCAUUAUUCAUCAGCAAUGAUUGUUACUUCAUUUUUAAUAAGACUAAAACCGUAUGUUCAAUCAUAUUUAUUAUUACAAGGUGGAAAAUUUGAUCAUGCUGAUAGAUUAUUUAAUUCUAUUGAAAAAGCUUGGUCAUCUGCUUCAAAAGAUCAUACAACUGAUGUAAGAGAACUAAUACCUGAAUUUUUUUAUUUACCUGAUUUUUUAUUAAAUUCAAAUAAAUUUGAAUUUGGUAAAUUACAAAAUGGUAAAUCAGUUGAUAAUGUUGAAUUACCACCUUGGGCAAAGGGAGAUCCAAAAAUUUUUAUUGCUAAAAAUAGAGAAGCUUUAGAAAGUCCUUAUGUUUCAGCAAAUUUACAUUCUUGGAUAGAUUUAAUAUUUGGAUAUAAACAAAAUGGUAUUGAAGCAAUUGAUGCAUUAAAUGUUUUCCAUCAUUAUUCAUAUAAUGGAGCAAUAAAUUUAGAUCAUAUACAUGAUGAAGUUGAAAAAAAGGCAAUAAUUGGAAUGAUAAAUAAUUUUGGUCAAACUCCAAUAAAAAUUUUUCAAAAACCUCAUAUAAUGAAAGAAGUAUUGAAUAUUCCAAAUUAUUAUUUGAAUUUAAUUGAUAUAAACUCAAAACCAAAUUUAGAAUUUGAAUCAAAAUUAAAAUCACCUAUUGUAAAAUUAGAAUUAAGUACAAUUAAAUCUAAUCGUUGGGUAGGAAGACAACAAUGUGUAUCAUGUGAAGAUAAUCUUUUAAUUUAUAAAUCUAAAAAAUCAAAAUUUUCAGGUGGUUCUAUACUUGUAAAUAAUAAAAUAUUUGAAAAUUUACAUUGUUGUGAAAUAUCAUUUAUUUUACAAAUUGGUUCUAAAUUUUUUAUAACUUGUGGAGAAGAUGGAUUAAUUAAUGUUUGGAAAUGUAAUUUAAAACCAAAUAUAUCAUUAGAAUUUGUUGCUACAUUAAGAGGACAUUUUAAUCGAAUUACAAGUAUUGUAUGUUCUAAAAAUUUUAAAAUUGCAAUUAGUAUUGAUGAAGCUGGGAAGUUAAUAGUUUGGGAUUUAAUUAGAUUUAAAUUUAUAAGAAAAAUUGAACCACCUAAUGAUUUAACAUUUAAAAUUCAAAAAAGUUUAAUUUCAAUUUCAAAUACUACUGGCAAUUUUACUGUCUUGUAUGAAGGAGAAAAUGAUAAUUUAUUAAAAAUUUUUAAUAUUAAUGGUAAUUUAAUACUUAAGACAAAACAAUUAAAUCAGAAUAAAAUUAAUGCAAUAUCAUUUGGAUUAACAGAUUUACCAAAUUUAAAAUCAGAUAAAAAUUCAAAUCAUUAUAAUCAUGUAUAUUGGUCAAAUGAAAUUUUAGCAAUUGCUACAACCACCAAGAUAGAAAUAUUUGAAAUUACUUACGAUAAUGAUACAACAAAAGAUAAUUGGUCUUUAAAAUUAAUUCAAAAUAUAGAUCUACAAAACAAGAUUCAAGGUGAUAUUACAUCAAUUCAAUUAUUUAAAUGUUCAGAAAUUGAUAAUGAUGAAAAAUUAAUUCGUGGGAUGUUAAAACUUGUAAUUGGUGAUUCUUUAGGUAAAGUGUAUACUUUAUAA